CCUCUCCCCAAUCAUCAAUCAUCUCAUUCCAUCACUCACUAUACUAUUUGAUAGACAGACAAGAUGAGCUCCUCUACUAGCAGUAAAAGAAAACGCCGUUUGACUCACUUGACAUUUUCCGAUUUGACGCAUCCGAAUUUCGAAGAGUUGUCUCGUCAAUUUCCUCAUUCGUUUGGUGUGGCGUGGCAAGGAGUUCGCGAACGACAACGACAAGACGGUGGAUCCUUUGCGUCCAAUGUCACGGACGAAUUCUCGCGAGCCACGACGCGAGCGCUACUGCAUUCCUUUUUUGGACUGUCAUUGCCACAUAUUCCGUCCUUGUGUCCUCCCGUGCCCAAUCGAUACUUUUUGGUGCAGUGGAUUCAGCAGACACUACUAUCAACACUGCCAUCAUCCGAAUCUGCCGACCGUCGCUGUGGAAUCGACAUUGGCACGGGCGCCACGUGUAUCUAUCCACUCCUCUUUUGUGCACCUCACAAUCAGAUACUUGAAAGUGACAAUGAUGACAAUGACACUACUACAUCAUCAUCUAAGACGCAGUGGACUUGGUUUGCCUCGGAAAUUGAUCCUACUUCUGUCGCCAUGGCACAAAAGAACGUUGUCGCGAAUCACUUGGAAUCCAAAAUCAAAGUCAUUCAAGUACAACCAACCACUGCACAACAGCAACAACAACAACAAGAACAACAUGCAGGUCCAUUACUCCAACUACUCCAAGCAGCGACACAACCAGUAUCCAAUCAAAAAGUAGACGUGGUCCUGACCAAUCCACCCUUUCACGACCCCUCUGCUGCCCAAGUGACACAACCCACGCGACAAGGAGACCAUCGCCCCAAAACCAACUUGACGUGCACCGAAGCCAGCUAUCCGGGAGGAGAAGUCGCCUUUGUCACGGAUAUGCUCGCGGAUGCCUUCUUACUACGCUACAACCAUGAGGCAUUCCAAUCCACCUGGUACGCUUGCAUGCUGGGCAAGAAAACAUCGUUUCAACAACUCCACCAUUUGUUGGACUAUUUGUUGGGGCCCGGUUCCAUUCCAUCCACACAAUUUGGACCGGGAAAUUUGACACGAUGGUUCCUGGCAUGGACGCUCCAACGACCCACCAUCCGAUCGCCUCUGGCGAAAAGCACGAGACCAUCGUUUGCCGUGACCCUGUCGCCUCAGGAUGGCGAUUAUAAUAGUGACAACAAUAGUAGUGUACCCGCCAUUGUUGCCCAACGCAUUGCCACGUAUUUUCGAGAACAACGAAACUAUUCCUUGGCCAUUGCUACUACACAACAAUCACCACACGGUGUCGUUGUCUCGGUACGAGAAGAGACACCCACCCCAGUCGAGUGGGAUGACAAGAAGCUCCCCCCCGCAGUGUGGCAGGUCCUCCAAAAGGACAGGAUUCGGUUUCUCGAUACGCGACCCGCCGAGGGACAUUUCCUACUCGAUAUAUCAGUCGACGACAACAACAGCACUGGAGGAGGACGAGUCCAAGUGACGGCUUACAGUCAUUCGACGUGGGGAUGCAAGGCCGUCGAAACUCUCACAAACACCAAUAAAUUUAAAGCAGAGAUUGGUCGUACUUCGCGCAAAUGGAGGCGCAUUCAACAACCAAGGCAGCAGCAACAGCAACCAAUGGAUGAGAGCUAGCUAUUUUGUGCUGGGGAAACCAUCCAAGGAGGAAGUCUUGCGCAGUGGCUACUAUUGUACAGUAGGAAGGGAUGCACACACUCUAUCAUUUAUUUGAUAACGAUCUAGUCAGGA